CUCUGCUUGGUUCUCUUACUGAUGGUAAUACCUGAUUUUAUUUACUUAUAUCUCAGCCUUCAGUAUCAGAAAUUCGACAAAAAACAUAGCACAGCCUUCAACCUUAUAGAUUAUCCCAUCCUGAAAAUUACAGUGUUAUGCUGUGACGUUGUCGAGAGAACAGAGCUACAAGUGAACACAAUGUCAUCGCAUACAGGAGUUCAACUACAAUGCCAGCAUGUAAAUAAGUGCGGCAAAUGUAAUGCAUUCCUGUUUAACACAAAAUACAAAUAUGGACAGUAAUGUCUGGAAAAUUAGAUUUUCUUCAAUUAUAAUCCAAGGGAUGUGAUUUCAUUUCAGUGUGACAAAGUGAUGAGAGUGAAAUGUAAUGCAAUGGACAAUUACAUUUAACAUUGAAUUAUUUCCCCUGCUGAUUGUUUUUCAUUAAAGAGAUAAAGCAACAUACAGUACUAUGAGCAAAGCACUGAUGGUUUUGCGUUUGUAUAGAUUUUCUUUUUUUUCAUGAAGAAAGAAAUGAUCUGUGAAUCUUUUUUAUAAAGAAUAAAUAGAUAGAUACUUCAUUUUCAAACGUACAUUUUUAAGUUUAUAUUUGACACCAUGCAUUAAAGAGUUAUACUCUGUAAUUCCCUUCCACAGUCUUUCUGGAAUAGAGACAAGUCAAGUGAGUAUGAACAGGCUGAAAUAGAAUGGAAUGAUUUCUCUGGUGUGGGAAAGUUUUGUCAGUGAGUGCAAUGUACAUUCUGGGCAACCGGAAUGUGGAGGCUGACAUCCUGUUGAGGCAGGUGCUGAGGCAAGGGGAUUGGAGGCUCUAUCCACAAGUAGGUGAGUCCAUAUGGUGGAGGUUCGGCCAAGCGGAAGUGGACAUGUUUGCCUCCAAGGAGACAACAUUCUGCCCACUGUGGUUCGCCCUCACCAAAAAAAAGAUCAGGGCUGGACACCAUGGUACACACGUGGCUGAGGUCACUUCUGUAUGCCUUUCUCCUGAUUGCUCUGCUCCUACAGGCUCUAGCAAGUGUUCGUCAAGAUCGUGCUACAUCUGCUGCUAGUAGCACGGGAUUGAUCAGCUCGAUUUUGGUGGAAUCUCUGCUGGGUGGCACUCCCUGGCAGUUUACCAUUCGUAGGGAUAUAUUGUCUCAAGCCAGAGGGUUGGUUGGUGGAAAGUUUUUGUUUUGCAUAUCUGGAAUUCCCACAACUUCAUAGAUCGUCUUAAAAAGCGAAUACAUCUGCAGGAGGUGGAUUCUGUGGAGGAGAGUGAUUUCAUUCUGGGUUUCUGCUCUAUUGUGUCACGAGCUGGAACUGACAUCGAAGCAGCAGUGAAAAAGAGUAUUUCAGACACCAAACCUGCUGUUCUAGUGGCGCUCCAUCACAUGUUUGAUCCAGAGUGUGUUGUACCAAACAACAGCAGAGCCGUAAACAGAAAAAACACGUUCUCAGUCGACUGUCUGUUCCAUGAAGAUCAGGGAUUACAGCAGUGUGGGAAGAAUAAUGAAUCACUGUCCAAAACUUCAGAAUAUAUAAAAUCUCUGCAGGGGAAAGAACUAUAUAAAGAAGUGAAGAAGCAAGAAGAAGGUGUCAAGUCAGAUUCAGAAAUGGGAGACAUCUUUGAAAACCCAGAUCUACAGGAGAGAGUAAGAUCUCUACAUGAGCAAGAGAGAGAUCAGCAACUGAAACCGAAAGACCCAGCGAUACAGAAGGCAAGAAAACGAGUGCAGGAAAUGGAGAAAAAGCAUGGGGAAAGGGAGACUGUUUUGUAUGAAUGCUUAGACGCCAUUGAGAAGACUCUUUCUGAGAGAGAUGCAUUGUUGGAGCAACAGAAAGCCGAGUUAGCAGAAACAAAACAACAGCUGCAGGAGAAAGACAGACUUCUAGAGGAGAAAACAAAGCAGCUGCAGGAGAAAGAACGACUAAUAACAGAAAAUACACAACCGCCUCAGAUGAAGGACAAAGCACUGGAAGAGAAGAACACACAAUUCAAACAGGAGAAAGAACAAGAAGAAGAAGAUGCAAACACAGGGAUUGGAGAAUUAGCUGGGACAAGAUGUCAUCUGGAAUUAGAGAUUAAAUCACAGGAAAAUAAAGACCAGCAGGUACAGAAGAUUAAAAAACAGAUAGAGAAUGAAAAUACAGAACUAAAGUACAAUGAGAAUCUCACCCAAGAGAAAAGCGCACUAUCCACACAUACAAAUACAUAUUUGUUAGAUGAAUUAUUUUUAUGCCACUGCAAUAGCAGAUAUUGUUAUUAUUGUGCAUGAUGAUGUGUGAUUACUCUCGGACCUAUACUGACUAUAUCUUUAUCUAUAUCUUCAUCUAUAUAAUCACAGAAUCUGUCAUUUGAAGGACUGGUGAGAAAUUUCUCUCUUUGGUCUCAGUGAAAACUUCUCUAUCUAUCUCCUCUGUAGCUUUAUUACAGUUCGCUGUUAUCAACACUGGAAUAUGGUGAACCCCCACUGAAUGAGACUUUAUCUGUAUAGAUUACGAAAAGAACACUACAUGUAUUAGAUUAUGUCUGUGAUUGGCAGCAAGCGAAUAAAAGUUAGAAACUAUGGGCUAAAACUGGAAAAUUGUUGGGAGGUGGGGAAAACACUGGUAGUUUAGAGGGUUUCUGAUAAAAGAUAAAUCUGUAGCAUUGAGGAUUAUAUUUAUUUGUAUUUUUCCUUAUAUAUUUAAACUAUUUGUGUUCAUUGAUGCAUCAUGAAAAUGUUCUUGUUGCCUCGAUUCAUUAAAUAAAUUUGACAAGGAAACAUUUGGCAUUGUGAUCUCGUUUGUUUGAAAGCUGCGUAUCUUGUACUUUGUCAGCUGUCUAUCCGUAUAGAAAUCUGCUCCGCAUCUGCAAUUGCACCACCUGUGCCUGAAUAUUCAUUAUUGACCAGGUAAAAAAAUAAACUCGAUGUACAACAUGAAUGUGUAUCAGAGGUCACAUGAUAGCUAUAACUCAUAAACAUCUGUCUGUAAACAAAUGCUAGUAUUUGUCUCACAUUUCUACACACAAUAUGAAUAUAA